GGGGUGUCUCCCGGGGCCGGGUGGAUGGCGAGCACGCGGAGCAUCGAGCUGGAGCAUUUUCAGGAGCGGGACAAAAGGGCGCGGGCGGGGGGCCGGCGCGGGUCCCCGGGGGGCUCGGGCCCCUCGGGGGGCUCCGUCGCCAAGGGCAACGGGCUGGUACCCAGCCCCGCGCACAGCGCGCACUGCAGCUUCUACCGCACCCGGACCCUCCAGGCCCUGAGCUCCGAGAAGAAGGCCAAGAGGGCCCGCUUCUACCGGAACGGCGACCGCUACUUCAAGGGCUUGGUGUACGCCAUCUCCGCCGACCGCUUUCGCUCCCUGGACGCGCUGCUGAUGGAGCUGACCCGGGCCCUGGCGGACAACGUGCACCUGCCGCAGGGGGUCCGCGCCAUCUACACCCUGGACGGCAGCCGGAGGCUGGCCGCCUUGGACGAGCUGCGGGAAGGUGAAAGUUACGUGUGUGCAUCCAAUGAGCCUUUUCGCAAAGUUGAUUACACCAAGAAUGUUAAUCCCAACUGGUCUGUGAACAUCAAGGCUGGAUCCACCCGAUCCUUGACUUCUUUGACCGCUACGAAAAGUGAAGUGAAGGAAAGCAAAGAUUUUAUCAAGCCAAAACUGGUGACUGUGAUUCGGAGUGGAGUGAAGCCUCGGAAAGCCGUGAGAAUCCUUCUAAAUAAGAAGACAGCCCAUUCUUUUGAACAAGUCUUGACUGACAUCACUGAAGCAAUUAAGUUGGACUCGGGCGUUGUCAAGAGGCUCUGCACCCUGGAUGGGAAGCAGGUCACUUGUCUGCAGGACUUUUUUGGUGAUGACGAUGUCUUCAUUGCAUGUGGACCUGAAAAAUUCCGCUAUGCCCAAGAUGACUUUGUCCUGGAUCACAGUGAAUGCCGUGUCUUGAAGCCUUCAUAUUCUCGUUCCCCUGGUGCUCGAAGGCAUUCUGGAUCCAAAAGCCCUGGACCUUCUCGUCGCAGCAAAUCACCUGUAUCAGUAAAGAGGGGUGGCCACUACUACAGUGCACAUUCUACUGCCAAAUCCCCAGUUAAUGGAACUCCCAGCAGCCAGCUUUCAACUCCCAAAUCCACAAAAUCUUCCAGUUCCUCACCAACCAGUCCAGGAAGUUUCCGAGGACUCAAGAUUCCUCCCCCCUGUGGGUCGUCUUCCACUGUGAAUGGUGGGCCUGAACCAUAUCCUUGCCUGAGUCCUGAAGGUGUGAAUGGAAACAAGUGCUUAGGAUCAUCAACUAUACUUGAGAAAUACAAAAUCGGGAAGGUGAUUGGUGAUGGCAAUUUUGCUGUAGUGAAGGAGUGCAUAGAACGGUCCACUGGAAAAGAAUUUGCCUUGAAAAUUAUAGACAAGGCCAAAUGUUGUGGGAAGGAGCACCUGAUUGAGAAUGAAGUGUCAAUACUACGACAAGUGAAACACCCAAACAUCAUCAUGCUAAUCGAGGAAAUGGAUACUUCCACUGAGCUGUAUUUGGUGAUGGAAUUAGUCAAGGGAGGAGAUCUUUUUGAUGCAAUCACCUCUUCAACCAAGUACACUGAGAGAGAUGGCAGUGCGAUGGUCUACAACUUAGUCAGUGCCCUGAAAUACCUCCACAGCCUCAAUAUCGUACAUCGAGAUAUCAAGCCUGAGAAUCUCCUGGUAUGUGAAUAUCCUGAUGGAACCAAGUCUUUGAAACUGGGAGAUUUUGGGCUGGCUACUGUGGUCGAAGGGCCUUUAUACACAGUCUGUGGUACACCUACUUAUGUGGCACCCGAAAUUAUUGCUGAGACUGGCUAUGGUUUGAAGGUGGACAUUUGGGCAGCUGGUGUCAUCACAUACAUCCUACUAUGUGGAUUCCCUCCAUUCCGCAGCGAGAACAAUCUUCAAGAAGAUCUCUUUGACCAGAUCCUUGCUGGAAAGCUGGAAUUUCCUGCCCCUUACUGGGAUAACAUCAGUGAUUCAGCAAAGGAAUUAAUCAGCCACAUGCUACAGGUAAAUGUCGACGCUCGAUAUACAGCAGGGCAGAUCCUGAGUCAUCCCUGGGUUUCAGAUGAUGCUUCUGAGGAGAAUAAUAUGCAGGCAGAAGUAACAGGUAAACUAAAGCAGCACUUCAGCCAUGCCCUGCCCAAACAGAACAGCACUACCACUGGGGUCUCUGUUAUCAUGAACACGGCUCUAGAUAAAGAGGGGCAGAUUUUCAGCAGCAGGCACUGUCAAGAAGCUGACCUACUUGGCUUGGAGCAAACCCUCCACAGUCCCGCUGCCGCUGAAGAUCUUCCAGGGCCUGAACCUGCAGCCCCCACCCCUGUUUCACCUGAGCCCUGCCAGGGCCCCAGCUCUCCUGCUCUGGCAAGCUCCGAACGGGCCGGGGAGUGGCGCCGGCUGCGGGACUGACUGGUUGUGAAGUGGACCCAACCCCUGCCCUCUGCAGUAUCAGAAACACAAUUUUUUCCCUUGCCUCCUCCCCGGCCCCCUUCAGGGACGGAGGCUCUCGUCAUUCCCUGGGGCAACUCUGGUUUUUGCAGUUGGCUGGCAUUCCGAGAAGGCUCUGGAGGGCCAAGUGGUCCCACUGAGUGGAGGCUGGGCCCCCGGGUGUGCCAGCCAAGGUUCGUGGUACUGCCGUGGCCCUCGGCUCUGCUUCCAGCCCUCUGAAGCCUUUGCGCUUCCAGCGGUGGUAUGAGUGUUCGACGUUUUUUUAAAUCACUCAUGUUUAGCUUAAACCGUUUCCCCCCCUCUCGUCAUCAGAGCACAUCCAUUUUGUUAGCAUUCACCAAGCUUUUAUACAGACGCAAAACUCUCCUGGGCCGAAGGAACAUCUCCUCAAAAAGCAGUAGAACAGCAUCCCGAUGCUCGCUGGUUGGGCACGUGCCUCUGGCUGGGACUACAGGCGCUUGGAUCUGGAUUUCAGUUGGGGACAGACCAAUUCAGACUGAAAAGAGGUGCAUAUGAGAGCUGUCUGAGGGCAAUGCAGAGACUGUCUUCAGAUCAUGUCCCCAAAUUCCACGCGUAGAGCUGCAGGGCUCGGAUGAUGUAAGUGAAAAAGCAACACCAGAGCUUAGGGUACAGAAUAACCCAUGAAAACAGGGACUAUUUAUUUGUACAAAGACUCCAGGGAAAGGAGGUUUUUCUUUCCUAGACACUGUGGAUUGUUCCUCACCUCUUUUUCCCACAACUGCCUUCCCCGGGGUCUGUUAGAAGAACGCCAAUGCCUUUCAACUAAGGCUGUGUGAAUGAGAGGCCGUUUGCAGCCAUCUAAUUCAUAGCCAGGGCAGUUUUUCCUCCCACAGCAAGCUGGCUCAUCGAGGAGAUGCCGCAACUAAUCAACACUAAGUAGCCCCUAGACCCCUCUUCCUUCAUCCUGCCUUUUGUCUUGUACAACAGCGGGUGCAGGGAAUGACCAUCGGGGAGAAACUGAUCCCCACUGGGCAGAUAAGAAUGGACGGAUGGGGUGGAGGUUUUUCCUUCCUUUCAUCAUCCUGAUCUUUUCACUCUGUAAUCUGCUUUCUUGUUUUUCUGCUCCUCUCCCCCAAGGGAUGGCUCAUAGCUCACUCCCCUUGGCAGCUAGCUCUUACUUUCUCUUAGAAUGAUAACAGAGCUGCAAUAAAAUAUUUCUUCUUGAAGAAAAAGCAGGGACCUGGGGUUUCUGUUUAUUUCUUCAAGGCGCUGUAGGCCAGGUCCGGACAGGCAACGCCAGCUUCCUGUGAUUCUCACUCAGUUGCGGCUGGAUUGCUGGCUGGACACUGAAGGAAAGCAUCUUAAGUCAGCGAGUGUCUAAUGGGAAUAUGGGGCUGGGAAGUAGAGGAGUCAUUUCCAUCACUAUUCAGGGGCCCUGGACAGAAGACUCUUCGGAGUUAUAGUCCUUAGACUGUAAGCUCGUUGUGAGCAGGAGGGUGUGUUACUAACUCUUUUAUAUUGUACUCUUCCAAGUUCAGUGCUCUGCACAUGGUAAGCUCUCUGUAAAUACAAGGGAGAGGAGAGUGAGCUGAAGAAGCAGGGUAACAGAAUGUGGAGUGAAGAUGCUGGUUGAAUCACUAAUCAGAGACUACCUGGACAGAAAAUAAUUUGCUGGGACAUAAGAGAAUACUAGGCCUAACUUGGAAGAGCAGGAGACUUGAAGCCCAGUUGGAGCCUAAGUGAUAUAUCUAGGUAUAUAAGUGAUAGAAAAGUGAUAUAUCUAGAUAUGUCUUCCUAGGAACAACUCAAGCAGAUUAUAAUAGUCUAUCCUGUCAGGAGAGGGGUAUUCAUCACACCCUUCCCUCCCCAGAAUAGCUGGGGAGGAAGAGGAAAUUGUAGUGACCUGACAAUAUAGUGUGGUUCAAAGUAGGUUCUGGUAUUGGUCCUGAUUGUAGCUCUGUGAUUUACGUGCUGGGAAGCCAAAUAAUUCUUACUGUUUUUGACCCUCCAUUUUCUCAUCUGUAAAUAAGGAGAGGCGACGUUUGCUUUGUGACCACCAAUGUCUGGUGAGUUUUUAAAGUUGGAUGAUAGAGACAAUGACAGUAAAGUAGUUGAGCUUUUUUACAGAGAGUUAUUUAACGUGUACAGUCAAAGCCAUCUUAGGUUCAAGGUCCAAACUGUUCUUGUGAGAGAGGAAAGGCUAAGAACCAACAGAGGGACAAGUUGAUCUGAAAUCUAGCAGGAGUCAAGGUUGGUAUUAAAAGGACGCAGAGUACUCCUCCAGGGUGGAGAUUGAAUACACUCAGUCUACAGGAAGAGAUUCUUACAGGAUGACUCCAGGUGAGUGAGCGGCAGAGGUGAGUGUCUGCUGUUAAUGACAGUGCUUCCAGGUGAAGGGGUGCAGUAGCUCAAAAACCAUCUUUCUGCUCUCCACUCUCCAUCUAUCUCCCCCAUCUCACUGGAAACCUUGUGAAAAGAUGAAAAGAGUCUGGAAGAACUUGGGCACUUAGCAACCGGAGAGUUUUGAGCGAAUUGUGCCCUUGGUCAAAUGUUUAAGAGGGGUCUUGGAGGAUGGUUUUUAUUGACUGAUGGUUUUGUCAUGACUUCCCUGGGAAAGGAAGGCUUGACAUAAAGAUCCUGAACAACAGCUAGUACUGGAGGCAGUACCCUAGGCUAGGCACUUGGGAACAUCGAACAGAAUAGAUGUCAGAGGGGCCAAAAUAAAUCGUUUGAAUGCAGAAGAUUGUUUUUCCCUCUGGGAUUCCAGAACAAAGCUUUCAUCAGCGCAUCUCUGAACAGAAGGGAACAGCAAGCAGAGUCUCAAAUUUGACUGGCUACGAGAUGUUUCCAGGUUUACCAAAAAGCCUGCACUAAAAGUGGUCCAGAUCAGCCUGGAAAAGCUGAAAUGACUGGUGCUAAUGAAUGGGGUUAGAAAGGCUCUUUCGGUGAUUAGUGAAAACAAGUGGAGAGAAAGCUGCAAACAAGUUACAGAUUUGGAAAUAAGUCUGGUUUUUGUUAAUCAUAGGAUUCAGGAGUUUAAAAGUAGAAAAGCACAAAAGGAAGCAAAAUAGGGUAAGAAAU